AUGUCUCGCCUCCGACGUCCCCCACCUCCUCCCUCCGUAUCUACAUGUCCUCCCAUGGAUCUCCCGCCGGCUACCCCCCCCUUCGAUUGGCAGCAAAUAUGGUCCUUCUUCCUCAAUACCCCCCGCGUCCGCGCCUGGCUCUUCGAGCGCACCGCUCCUCUGAAGGCUCAUGUCGUUCAGGCCCUCCUCUCCUCCCCCAUCCUCGUGGGCUAUGUCUUCUCCGACUUACAUAUCCCGUCGCGUAGCUACUCCUUCCCUGACAUUGGCGACUUGCACACUGUCUUCUGCCGUGAUGGCGACGCGCUUCUUGGCUUCAGUUUCGGCUUUCAAGGAAGAAACCCCGUCAUGCCCUUGCUGUUUCAAGUCAUCCGCGACCCUAUGCUGGGCAAUCCAAAUGUUAUUGUUCGCAAGACGGCAAAGCAGCGAGCCCCGCGUCCGUACCAGGACUACUACCUUUGCAUCGAAUUCAACUGGCUCGAAUCUGGCGCUCUUGGCGUCGUCACAAGCAUCACAUCAUCUGAUUCAAACGAAAACACCCCCUCUGGACGAUGCUCCUUCGUUCUACAAAGCGAGCACCGUGUCUUCAAUCGCCGCAGUGCCGCCAAACUUUCCGCCAUGGCCGACCAGCUUUCCCCUUACAUCAGUCACGCUUCCUUACCGCAUCUCUCCCCAUUCCAUACCUUGCCGCCAGACUUUGCCGAUCCACCAGAUGAUUACCACAUGCUCAUAGUCAAGGAGUAUGACGACUCCGACUAUCAUGCUUUGGACCCGCUCUCCUUGAAUCCAGCCAGCAAGAACCAGGUUUUUGAGGUCGAAAGCGACUUUGCCGUUCCCUCCACCGCCGCCAACUCCACUACUACCACGACCACGACCGCGACCAAUAUAUCCCAUACCGAAUCCACGCAUAAUUCAAAUCCCACUGAGCUGCAAGGUCACACCCCUUUCCUGGGUGGUGCUCUUCUCCAUUGUCACAAGGGCGACGGCUCCUCAGUUGCAGAAGCGGAGACUGUAAAACUGUGGCGGCACUACCAAGGCGCGGUCGACAAAUGUCGACGCACAGGCAACCUUAUGACCAUGCUCGGCACCAAGGUGGGCGGCCGGUUCGCAAAGGAAGUUCCAGUAUAUGGCCGUGACGCUCGAUACAGGUUUCUUUCGACUUCCGGCGUUAACGUUCACGGCCGUAUUCAGCAGUUGUUCUCACAACUCGACAUUCAAUUUGGCUCACCACACCCAGGACCCAACUCUAAGUUGUAUACUCGACAACUGGAAUGUUCAGAUAGUCUCAGCGAAGCAUUGGUAGAGGAUCAUAAAGUUGAUCUUGCGGGUGGUGACCGGUCGCUGGCGACCGCAGGAGGGAUGUCCUCUGGUUUCAGUCCAAAUAUGGUAGAAGAUUUUGAGGUCGUUGACGCUGUAGGGGGGACCCGCUAUGAGCGUGGUGCGAAUGAAAGGCGGUGGGGGCCAUCAUCUUCGAGCGAUCAAGCUGUGGGAGUCCAAAACGACAGGGAACCCUUGCACAACGGAGAUGAGAGAAUACGAAAGCGACGAAGAACCACAGAUGUGAAUGGUGUUACCCGACUUUCAGCUAGCCGGCACUCCGCAGUGCCACUACCAACGGGGUUCGUGCAAAUGCCAUUUCAGCCAGCUCAACAAGAUGCAGACUCUCCGCGGAAGAUGUAUAUCAAACAAGAGCAAGUCGCUACCAUACUUCCUAGUUUAAGGAAUUCAUGCGAUCUCACAAACAUCUUGUCAAACGACACAUUAUCGAUAUCCGUCAACCCGGCAGGCAUAGAAAACCGGGGAUGGUCUGCUGCUGCUGUGGCCACUAGUGCAACGCUGUCACAUGGAUCACAUGGCGGAAGUAAGGAAGAGCCAACAUUUACUUCCCAGGCUGAGCAAAACCAAUGCACUCAGGGCGUGGAAACGAAAGCUGUUGAAACGGCAAAAAGGGACACUGGAACGAAAGCGGUGUGGACGUGUCACAGAUGCGGCCAAAAAAUCCGAGGGAAGAAGGGCAACCUAAACAGGCACAUUGCGAAUAAGCAUGACAACAUUCGGGCGUAUGAGUGCACGAGACCGAACUGCGAUCGAAAAUUCCAAACGAGAUUGAAUCUUGUUCGACAUGACACGGCGGUGCACCUGGGAAGGCCAUACACUUGCCCGAAGUGUCCUCGGGCUUUUAAGAAUGAGGUUGACCUGGCUGCACAUGUGAGGGCUGCACAUAAGAACUCUCAGCUCAGUUUGGCGUGUAAGGUUUGUGGGAGCUGCUUUGGGAGAAGAAGCACGUUGAAUCGUCACAUGGCCAAAGUUCACAAGGUUGAGGGCAAAGUUGAGAACACAGGAGUCUCGCUAGUCAUGUAGAAGCAACAAUUUUAUGCUCAUUAUUUAUCGGGGUAUGUUGCCAUAGAGGCAAAAGCUGCUAAACAGGGUUCCUGAAUCUCAGCCCCUAGCAGGAGACAUUGCUAUCAUUGAGGCUUUGGAGGUUGACAAAGCAUGCUUGAGAGCAAUGACAAUGCAUAGCUUGCGGGCGAUAUGUACUACUCUUUUUGGAAUGCCUUCUAAGCGAAGUAAAUACUGUACAUAUCAAGGCAGAACAGUUGUUCUU